CAUGCAGAGCUCAAGCUGAACAGCGAGGUGUACAAUAAUUGGAAAGACCCCCCGGUCCCUGCUUACCUGCAGUUCUACUUCUUCAACGUUGAAAACAAAGAGGAAAUCUUACAGGGAGCGAAAGCCAUCGUGAAACAACUUGGGCCAUACACAUACAAGGAGUUCCGACAUCGUGCUAACGUGUCGUUGUUCAGCAAUUCCACGAUCUCAGCCACAACUCAGAGAAGCUUUGUCUUUGAGCCAACAAUGUCAGUCGGUGAUCCGCAGGAGGACAUCAUUACGACAAUCAACAUUCCAUUUAUUACUCUGCUGCAAAUGCUGAGGCGCAGUGGGAUCACCCAGAAGAUCUUUGCAUCCGCACUAUUUACCUUGAAGAGGAAUGAGCUGUUCCAGAGCCAGAGUGUGGAGGAGUGGCUUUGGGGUUACGAGCAUCCUCUGCUGAAGCUUGGUCAUAAACUGUUGCCAAGUGUUUUCCCGGGCAGCCAGUUUGGACUUUUCUAUGGAAUGAAUGGAACAAACGACGGAGAGUAUUUAUUCAAUACUGGCAAAGAUGACUAUAUGAAAUUCACGGAAGUAAUGAUGUGGAAUGGGCAGGAGUCUCUGAAUUUGUGGGCAUCAAAUGCAUGCAACAUGAUAAAUGGAACUGAUGGAGCCAGUUUCCACCCUUUGAUCAAAAGGGACGAGAAGCUUUACAUUUUUGCAUCUGAUAUUUGCAGGUCUUUCUAUUUGAUGUUUGAAAAGGAGGUCGAAGUAGAAGGCAUUGGUGCCUAUCGAUUUAUUCUGCCAAAAGAGGCUUUCGCAAGUGACCAUCCCAGUAACAAAGAGUGUUGUCCAGGAGGGAACUGUCCAUUGUCAGGAGUCCUGAAUAUCAGCACCUGCAGACAAGGAGCCCCUAUUUUCAUAUCAUCACCUCAUUUUUACAAUGGAGAUCAGCGACUAGUGAGUGACAUUGGCGGAAUGGAACCUAAUACAGAAGCUCAUCAAACAUUCCUCGAUAUUGAACCGAUGACUGGUAUCCCUGUCAGAGCAGCCAAGAGAAUGCAGAUCAAUAUUCAUGUCGAGUCGGUGAAGGGCGUUGUCCAAACUAGUCAAAUGCGGACAAUGAUUUUACCAGUCCUCUUUUUAAAUGAGCAAGCUUUAAUCGAUGAUAAAUCAGCAGUGAAACUGAAAUCAGCACUUUAUAAAAUACGUGUGGUGACUUACAUUCCUUAUAUAUUCUUGUCUAUUGGAAUCUUACUUUGCCUGGCUGCUCUUAGCUUAGCCUUUGCUGCAUGGAGACAUAAAGACAAUAAGGAUUUUACACCAGUAAUGUUAAAACUUCCGGAUGUGGAAGUACAUUGAAGUGACGGAAGAGAGCCCACACACACAUUCUGCUGCAAUCAACCAGAUAGUAUGUUCAGGAAUUUAGUGAUGUUUCUGACCUAUGGAGUAUUUUACAAUGUAACAAAUAAAAGUGGAGUCUUUGAUUGACCGAGUGUACAAUGACAGUACUCACUCACCAAUAAAUUGGAACUGUGG